CAUCAACUACACGCAUUCAUUAUCAAUCAUGAGAUACAGCAAACUGCCCGUGGAGGAGAACGAGCCAUAUGUGCUGCAAGAUGAGCAACCAUACCGCCCUUCAUGGCAUCGCAAAGUCGUUGCCCUUGUUCUCGUUGCCACCUUCUGUUUGACCAACCCAUGGGCACCAACUCUUCCCUCUUUCACCGGAAAGCAUCACAAAUGCCAUCACGGUACUCAAUACAAGGGCGAGAAGAUCUCAUGGCAGAAAGCUGGCGAGAUCGAGGGACGCCAUUUGGAGACUAGCAGCAUUGUCGUGCCAAUGGAUCAGUUCAACCUCACCAACUCUGGAGACAAGACUUUCAACAUCUCCUUGAUCCGCUUGCGAGGCAAAGACGGAAGCCCUAACCUGCUCCUUAAUCCUGGUGGUCCUGGAGGCUCUGGCGCUGAGUUCGUCUACCGCCGAGGCAAGCAACUCUCUGAAAUUGUCGGUGAUGGGUAUCAUCUCUUGUCUUUUGAUCCAAGAGGUAUCAACGGCUCCGGUCCUCUUGCAUCAUGCUAUCCCGACAAAAAGGCCGCCCAACAACUCUCAGAUGUUAGAGACACAGAAAUCGUGCACGACAGCCCUGAAGUCUACGCCUGGACUCAGAACUUCGUCAAAGCAUGCGAGGCGACGACGGGAGAGCAUGCCGGUUAUAUUAACACACCACAAACCGCUGCAGAUAUGAACUCUAUUCUCGACGCAGUUGGGCAGGAGGAUUUGGCCUAUUGGGGUUUCAGUUACGGCACCGUCUUGGGACAGACUUAUGCCUCUAUCUUCCCAAACAGAUCUACACGCGUCAUCAUCGAUGGAGUAGCCAAUAACUUCGUGUGGUACGGCGACGUCUUUGACGGCGAACAAUUCACGAACACCGAAGACGUUCUUGAAGGCUUCUUCGACGAAUGCAUCAAAGCUGGCAAGAAUUGCUCACUUUCAUCGCACGCCAAGACCAAAGAUGAACUCCACGAGAAGGUCUUCGGCUACCUAGCCGACCUCAAAGCACAGCCUCUCAGCGUAUUCCUGAACGCUUCUGAUUACGGCUUGCUGACAUAUGAAAACGUCCUCUUCGACGGAAUCUUCCCUUCCCUCUACAAGCCUGCGAGCUGGUAUAAUCUGGCCGACAAUCUCGCUCAGCUCCUCUCUGGCAACGCAACCGCGGCUUGGGUCGCGUACGGCAAGAACGGAGGGUUCGGAAUUGAAGGCGAGGCCAAUCAAUUCGUGACCUCCAACGACGGCCUCUCCGGUCCCGCAUCCGGCUGGCCCCAAGACCGCGAGACGCUCCUCAAGCAAAUUCUUUCCCAUGUCAACGAGAGCAUCUUUAUUCCUACCGAGAACUCAGGGUACUACCUCCGCCAGCAAUGGACUAUUCCGCGCACACACAACUUCACGCAAAAGCUCGGCGUACAGACUGCCCACCCUCUGCUCAUUCUGUCAACAUCCUAUGACCCAAUUUGUCCUCUUGUCUCUGCUGUAUCAGCCUUCGAGGCCUUUGAAGACUCCGCGCUUGUGGAAGUCAAGGGCUACGGGCACUGCUCUGUUGCGGUGACAUCGAAUUGUCUCGCAAAGCGUGUGAGGGAGUUCUUGUACAACGGCACUCUACCAGACGGGCACGUGACUUGCGAUGUCGAUGGUCCGUACUUCAUCAAGCCGGAAGAAGAUGGCAAAGUUGUGGCACAGAAGCAUUUUGACGACCCGCAAGAUCAAAAGAUCCAUCUUGCGCAAUUGGAAAUGGCGAGAGACUGGGAGUGGUAAACGACGGAAGCUACGUCGUGGAAAUGUACGUGCAGUUGGAAAGCUGGGAAAGUUCGCAUGGAGGUAAAAGCUGACAUGUGUUGGUUUUGUAAUCACGGACGUACUCACAAACACCAAAAUAGAUGUACGAUUGCCAGCGAGCGGAGGUGCAUGACGUUCUCAAAGUAUCGCAUCGCUCGUGGUUGUAGGAUCUCACUACUUUCCGCCAAUUCGCAAAUUUGAAAGGAGCACAUCAAGCAG